AUGCCUUCAAUCUCACUAGCCGACACUAUCGAAUCCCUGAGUCUUGAUGAUGAAUGGGGACCGGAAACUGUUACCAGCACCACUCUCGAUGGGGUCCCGUACGCCCCGUACUCGAAAGGUGACAAACUUGGCCGUAUGGCAGACUGGACGCAGGAAGGAAAAGAUGGUAGAGACGGACGAGGCGGCCGUCAAUUCAACCGAAAUUACAGAGAUCAGCAAGUGUAUGGUGCCGGCACCUCGUCCCUUUUCGCAGUUCAGGUAGCCGAGGACGAGUCAUCGUUUUCUGUCGUCGAUAACACACGAGCCUCCGCUAAGACCCGUGGUUUCGGGCGAGGUGGAGGUACAGUCUUCCGUGGUCGUGGCCAACGAGGUGCAGCACAACGUGGAGGAAGAGGCGCCUUUCAACGAGUUGGUCAAGGUCGAGGUGCCGCUCAAACAGGCAACCAGUACUAUGACAACCGUGGUGGACGGGGUGGCAGAGGGCGUCGUUUUGGAUGGAAAGACUAUGACAAACCACAGCGAAACCGAGAUUCUUCAGUCAACAUCCGACCUGAGUGGUCGAUGAAAGAAGAAAUUGACUUCAACCGCCUACUGAAACUCAAUCUUGAAACCUCGGAAGGUGAAGACAUCGACAGCUACGGUUUCCUCUAUUACUACGACCGCAGCUAUGACAAAACUCAAACGAAAAUGGCCGAGCGGAAGCUCCAGUCUCUCGAGCGGGCAGCUUACAACGUUACUACCUCUCAAGACCCCAUCAUUCAAGAUCUCGCUGAAAAGGAUGAAGCAACUAUAUUUGCGACCUCCGAUAUCCUCUCCAUGCUCAUGUGUGCCACUCGUUCCGUCUACAGCUGGGAUAUUGUUAUACUCAGACACGGUAACAAGAUCUUCCUAGACAAACGCAUUGACUCAACAAUUGAUCUUGUGACUGUCAACGAAAAUGCAGCGGACGCUCCACUAGAGGCAGAAACAGGUCAAGGAGGCACCAACCAACAAUCUACUGGAGUAAAAGCAGACAGCAUCAACACACCCUCAAAUUUAGCACUCGAAGCGACAAUCAUCAAUCAUAACGUCGGUCUCCAGACCGUCAUUGAAUCAGACAGUGCCAGACUCGACUUCCCUCACCCAAAUCCCUUCUACAAUCCUGCUGAGGAAACCGAACCCCUGGCCUCAAAGGCAUACAAAUAUCGUCGUUUCGAUCUUUCCCUUGAAAAGGAUGAGGAACCCCUCCACCUCAUCGUCCGCACCGAACUAGACGCUGUUGUCAAGAACAACAUCAGCGGCGAAGACCAAUUCCUCACCAUCAAAGCUCUCAACGAGUUCGACCACAAAGCCCAGGGCUCGGGCGGAGCGCUGGACUGGCGCACUAAGCUCGUGAGCCAGCGUGGCGCUGUGGUGGCUACCGAGAUGAAGAACAACAGCUGCAAACUGGCAAGAUGGACAACCCAGGCCAUCCUCGCAAAGGCGGAUCAGAUGAAACUUGGUUUUGUGAGUCGCGCCAACCCGAAGAGCAACACCAGCCACGUCAUCCUGGGUGUGGUAGGCUACAAGCCCAGGGAGUUUGCUAGCCAGAUGAAUCUAGGCCUCAGCAAUGGAUGGGGGAUUGUGAGGACAAUUGUGGAUCUCGUUAGGGGCUUGAGCGGGAGCGAGGAUAAGAAGUAUGUCCUGGUCAAGGAUCCGAACAAGCAGUUGAUCAGAUUGUACGACGUGCCGCUACAGACAUUUGAGGAGGGGGAUGAUGGUUCUUUGGGCGCUUUGGCGGAGAAGGGGGAUGGGAAGGCGGAUGAGGAUGAGGAGUAG